AUGAUAACAUUUGGCUCUGCUAACACUUCCACAACACUGGAAGACACAGGUGAAGUGAGAAGUAUUUGUGAGAGCGUUUGCAGUGAUGGAUCCAAUGCUACAGUCCAACCUGGGGCUUCAAAUCAGAGGCCUCGUAUGGACAUCGCUUGUGUUUUGGAUGUCACCCAAACUUUGAACCUUGCUCACAGAAAAAGGGCCUUAGAAGAAGUUCGUUUAGCUUCCGAGUUAGUUAACGCUAACUUGCAUCAUAUUCACUAUGAAAAAUUGGAUUUUGGUGAGACUAGUGUACUAGACACAUUCUACAAUGCAGAUGUUGCUCUUGUAGACCUUAGUGUACAAGUGCAGCAAAGUUCUCUCCUGUACCAUCUUGGAGUUCGUGAAAGUUUUGAUAUGAAGGAGAAUGUGUUACUUUACAAUGAUGUUGAUCCUGAUGCUACAUUAAGACUAAAGAUAUCGCUGCCCAAUUUCCUGUUCGUGUCGUACAAAUUGACCGAUGCAAGUACUUGCGUGACGACCAAUCCGGCCGCAACUAAAUUCAAAGGAGAAGAAACUGCCGAUCCAAAACAGCACCUCACACUGCGACUCAAAAAUAUUUUACAAGAUGUCGAAGUACAAACCAAAGCCCACCUCCAAGAGAAAUUUCUCUCAGAUCUUCGCAAAGCGCGCGAGACUUACAGUGGUACGGAACUUGCGAACGUUUUGCACGCAAUGCGUCGAAGAUUGGACGAUCCAGCCGUUCUCUCUGGAGAUACUAUACUUAACAUGUUGAUCUCAUACAGGGAAAUACAGGAUUAUGACGCCAUAGUUCAGGUUGUGGAUGAUCUCAAGACCAUUAUGAAUAGAAAGAACUAUGUGAAUAUGCCGAUAAUUAGGUUUAUGUAUGCGUUUGCAAUGAACAGAAGAAACAAAGAGGGUGAUCGAGAGAACGCUUUGAAAGUGUGCGUUAAAGCGUUAGAGAAGAAAGAAAAUCGGUUUCCUGAUAUGUUGUGUUUAUGUGGGCGUAUUUAUAAAGAUAAAUUCGUAGAAUCUCAACACACUGAUAUGGAAAGCUUAAAAAAUGCCAUUCACUGGUACAGACAGGGAUUUGAAGUGCAGCCAAAUGAAUAUGCGGGUAUUAAUUUAGCGACGUUAUUAGUUAUAGCCGGUAAUGACUUCAAAGAUUCUCAAGAAUUGCAACACAUAGGUAAGGUGCUGAAUCAUUUAAUAGGAAAAAAGGGCAGUCUGUCGUCACUUAAGGACUAUUGGGAUGUGGCUACGUUCUUUGAAAUAUCAGUACUGGCUCAGGAUUAUGUUAAAGCCAUACAGGCCGCCGAAUGUAUGUUCAAAUUGAAACCACCAAACUGGUAUCUCAAGUCAACCAUAGGAAAUAUUGAAUUAAUAGACAGAUUUAGAAAGAAAAAUGAAGAGACCUCACCAGAACAACAAGUGUUUUCAUUCUGGAUGGAAUUUUUUGUGGAAGCAACUAAGAGUACAUGCGAGAAUAUCAUAAGAUUUCCGGUAUUAAUAUUAGAAACAACUAAGAUCUACAUGCCAUCAUACGUAAAUGUCAAUAUGGGAGCAGAACAAAAAUCGGUUGAAAUUUUUAACUUGUGCCUUGAUUCAAUGCGCGGUGACUGUAGGCAAGUGCAUCGGUGGCUGUUCACUUCGGAUAUGAUCCGGACAUACAGUUUGUAUAAACGCGACGAACGCUGCUUAUUUUUGUAUGUAAGCGAGAAUUCUGACGAUUUUCAAAUAUUUCUGCCAUCGCAAGCGUUUCGACAGCAUUUGUACGACCUUUUAGGAGAAUUAACAGCAGAUCACGAGAAAGUCACAGAUUUAGACACUAGUGUUAUGCAAGAUCAACUCAAGUUCGAAUACGAAUACGACGGCAACAAGCGCGUGGUGCUGGGCAAGGGGACGUACGGCGUGGUGUACGCGGCGCGGGACCUCAACACGCAGGUGCGCAUCGCCGUCAAGGAGAUCCCCGAGAAGAACCUCGGCGACGUGCAGCCGCUGCACGAGGAGAUCCUGCUGCACUCGCAGCUGCGGCACAGGAACAUCGUGCAGUAUUUGGGGUCAAUAUCAGAAGACAACUACUUCAAAAUUUUUAUGGAACAAGUACCCGGAGGCUCGCUUUCUGCCCUAUUGAGAUCUAAGUGGGGUCCUCUUAAAGAAAAUGAAGCGACUAUUGCUUAUUACACUAAGCAGAUUUUGGAAGGUUUGAAAUAUCUGCACGACCAGAAAAUAGUACAUCGCGACAUCAAAGGCGAUAAUGUACUAGUUAACACAUACAGUGGGGUGGUCAAAAUAUCGGACUUUGGUACUUCGAAACGCUUGGCGGGGCUUUGUCCCUCUACCGAGACGUUUGCGGGUACGCUGCAGUACAUGGCGCCUGAGGUUAUUGAUAAGGGUCUUAGGGGCUAUGGGGCACCUGCGGAUAUCUGGUCGCUGGGUUGUACAGUAGUAGAAAUGGCAACAGGACAUCCACCUUUUAUGGAAUUAGGAUCUCCUCAAGCAGCUAUGUUUAAGGUUGGAUAUUAUAAAAUGCAUCCGGAAAUUCCCAGCGAGCUCUCUCAAAAGGCCAAGAAUUUUAUCCUCCGUUGCUUUAUCCCAGAGCCAGAGAAACGGGCCACGGCUGCUGAAUUACUCGAAGAUCCAUUUCUUUGCGAGAAAAAGAAGGCUUCAACUCGACUGGGUAAUAGCGUGGAUUAUAGUAGAAGUAUCUCCGUCCCUGCAGACAAGGCGCGCCCCGUUGCUCAGAAGAAGAUAUCCGAGCCUAGUAUGCCCGGCAACGUACCCAGCUCUCCAGAGAUUGAGGUCAAAACGAUCCGGUCUAAUCCGACAAUCACUAGGACGGCCUCAUCGAUGCUCUCACCGAUACUGAUUUAUCCGCCGGACUUGUCAAACAGCAGUACUAUGCCAAAUACUCCUUCUACGGAUGAGAUGGAUAGUACCGACACACUCUUGAAUAGGCGUAGCUCUUCUGGAGGGUUGCUGUCACCUGAGGUGGAUAUGACGAACGUGCCUCGUUCAUCGAUUGACGUAGAGCAUGAUGGAUUUUAUCUGCUUAAAAAGGACUCACAGCGCCGUCUCACUCUCUCUCGUGUGUUAGAGCAGGACAGCGAGAAGAUUUGCUCAAAAUGGAUGCUCAGCAUUCAACAAGACUUCGGCAAUACUGUUUUGACACUGAAUCACUUAGAAACUCUUCGCUGUGCGCUUAAAAACUACAUAAUGGACCAAAACAAAUCCGUAAUAGAGCAAGCGAUAACGACAUUGAAGGAAGAGUUGGACUUUGAUUCUAACGCGAUAAACGAGCUGCAUUCAGCCAUAUACAUGUUCCAAGAAGCCGUGAAUGUGGUGCUGAGGAUGCACAGUAUCAAACCACACUGGAUGUUUGCGCUGGACAACUUGGUGCGAAAUGCAGUUCAAGCGGCAAUCACUGUGCUAUCACCAGAAUUAGGAGCAAAUCUAGCGGGACAAGAUGCAAGACGCAGCGGUGCACAGGAAGCCGGAACUCCUUCAGCGCUGUCCACCGCCACCUCCAGCCGAGACCACCAGCUCCACCAGCUACGACAGGAGAACCACAAAUUAUACCAGGAACUUUUGGAAAGUUAUCAACAGAACCAGUCGUUGCUACGUUUAAUGUUGGAAGAGCAAAAAAUGCAAUCACAGAUGAUUCGAGAGUUCCUGGAGAAGAGGCCAAUAAGCGAGGAUGCGGACGACACGGCGGACAUCGGCGGCGCUGAGCUGGAAGCGCUGCGCGAGUGGGCGUGCGGCCGCGGCGUGCCCGAGGCGGCCGUGCGCGCGCUGGCCGCGCAGCGCUUCACGCUGCCCGACCUGCUGCAGCACGCGCAGCGCGAGGACAUCGCACGCCUCGCCCUCAAGGGUGGAAUAGAAUUACGUCUAUGGCGUGCGAUUUUGGAACACCGUUUACAGUCCAAUUGCAACAACCAUCUUCGUCGCGCGAGCAGCACCGAGACAGACAUGGACACAAACUCCAUCGUAGUGGUCGAAUGUCAGCGCUGCAAAACAUCAAGAACUAUAUCGAACAACUCGUCGUGCUCCAACAACCCAACCAUCGUUAUUAGAGACCAACAAGUGAACGGCGAAAACACCGUAGCGGAAUAUUGCACCGAGAAUGGGAUAGUCAAUCUCUGA